AUGGCGGAGGAAAGACACUUGUCACAAACUGUGCUCGGUGCUUCAGAGGAAAUAUAUGAUUGUAACUGUUCGCCGUGCGAAGAAUCUGGAGUAUAUAAGGAAGCACAUAAAUACUGUAAUAGUUGUAAACUAUAUUAUUGUAAGAAAUGUCUCAGCGAACACAACAAAUUUCCGGCUUUAAGAAGACACCUGAUAAAAGAUGUGACCUCUCAACCGAAACAGACUGUUGAAACUGGGCCAUCAGGUGUAUCCACGCAAGCAACACCAACUGAACCGUGUGAGGACCAUCCUGAAGAAAUAAUAAAAAUGUACUGUGGUGAACAUGAUGUUGUCUGCUGCACUGUGUGUAUAGCACUUGAUCACAGAGAGUGCAAAGACGUUCACUACAUUCUAAAGCUGGCUAAAGAUAUCAAAACAAGUCAAGAAUACAACGACUUCGCGGAUGAGAUGAUAACGAUCAAAACCGUGUACGAGGACACUCAACAGUCUAUCCAAGAUGAAAUAAAGAAAAUGAGUAACGUAAAAACUGAAAUUAUCAGAGAAAUAAAAGAGUAUAAGAGAGAGUUAGUUUCAAGAAUAGAAGAACUGGAGAGUAGGUCGCUUGAGAAAGUGAAUGAAAGAUAUCAGCAAAUAAUAGAAAGAUUGAAUGCAACUGCAAGUCAUGUAAGUGAUUUAUUAGAUAAGGUAACAAAUUUUGUGCGAGAGAUAGAUAAUGUGGGUGAAACACAACUGUUUGUUCAAAUGAAGAGAACGAGUCCAAUGAGAGACGAAAAAAGAAAGAUUGACAAAAAUCUUCAAACGUUUGAAGGACUUAGUUUUACGUUGGACAACAGUAUUAGAAAUAAAAUCGAACAUGUCGACGGUCUUGCUACCGCAAAAGUACCUGUCAAAAUUCUUUCGAAGAAAGAGUAUGGUAUUAUAUUCGAUGAUGACGAAUACAGAAGGAACAAUGUACGUGAUAUGUGUAUAUUGGAUGAUGACACCUUGGUUAUGACAUGUAACGACAGACUGAAACGUUUAAAUAGAUCAUUUAAAAAAAUGUCUAAUGUAUCGGUCCCAGGGGAAUUGAAUGGGAUAUGUAAAACUUCAAGACCAAACGAAUUAGCUAUUACAAUUCGAGACAAGCAAACAAUACAGUUUGCUCAGUACACUGUUAACAAUAUGUCACUGACAAAAUCGUUCACAGUAGGCGUUCCAUGCAAAGGUAUUUGCUGUAGAGAUAAUUACCUGUUCGUCGCUUGUGGCGGAGGCGGCAGCGACAAAGUCCAAGGUCAUUUAAGACAGUAUGAUAUGCAAUGUAACCUUAUCUGCACAAUUGCCACUGACAAUACCAGCCGACGAAUCUUCACAUCUCCCCGCCUAAUGGCUCUUGAUUCAAGCACAAAAAAACGUAUAUAUAGCAGACAGACACAAGGAAUAAUUGUUCUUGACAGGAAUGGAAAGAUAGAAAGGCAUUUGUAUAAUUCUUUUCUGAAAAAUGGAUUCAGUAUUUGUAUUACAACUCGGAAUAAGAUUCUUAUUUCUGGCCUUGAUUCCUUUAGUAUACAUCAAUAUGAUGAAAAUGUCAGAUAUGUAGGAAGUGUCUUGAACCUUACGGAAAAAAUGCUUGAACCUGAAGGCAUACUACUUGAUGAAUCAAAGGAACGGUUAAUUGUUGGCAUGGGCGUGCACAAUAAAAUAUACGUUUAUGAAGUUGAAUGUUAA